ACAACAAGGAGCUAUGAUGAAACUUUCAGAAGAUGGCGGUGUUAUAUUUUCUUAUGGUCAUAAUCAACAAUACCAAAAAUCUGAAACUGAAAAUAAAGAAAAAAAGAAAAAACCAGUUAAACCAAAAAAGAUUGAAGAUUAA